AGUAGUACUAGGACAACAACAACAACAAGUGUGUGCAUAACUUAUCCUAUCUCUCUAUCUAUAAUCCAUAAUCACACCAUCUAACCCCACCACCUCACCACUCUCUUGCUAAGCACCAAGAGAAAAUCUCAAACCCCACCACCAAUCACCGCCGCAUGGAAACAAACACCACCCCACAACCACCACCACCACCACCUUCCACCGGUGUAGUCCCAACGCAGCUCCAGGCAUUCCCAUCAACCCCGCCACCACAGUCACAGUCACAGCCGUACCAUCACCUUCUGCAGCAGCAGCAGCAGCAGCUGCAGAUGUUCUGGACUUAUCAACGUCAAGAUAUCGAGCAAGCUAAUGACUUCAAGAACCAUCAGCUCCCAUUAGCCCGAAUCAAGAAAAUCAUGAAAGCAGAUGAGGAUGUCAGGAUGAUCUCCGCGGAAGCUCCUAUCUUGUUUGCUAAGGCUUGUGAGCUUUUCAUUCUGGAACUUACUAUACGUUCUUGGCUACAUGCGGAGGAGAAUAAGAGGAGGACACUGCAGAAAAAUGACAUUGCUGCCGCGAUUACCAGGACGGAUAUAUUUGAUUUCUUGGUUGAUAUUGUGCCUAGGGAUGAGAUUAAGGAUGAGGCGGGUGUUGGGUUGGUUUUGGGGGGGCCUGUUGGAGGGGGAAUUGUGGGGGGUAGUGCUAGUGGAGUUCCUUAUUAUUAUCCCCCUAUGGGUCAGCCUGCUCCGGGCGGGGUAAUGAUGGGAAGGCCUGCGGUGGAUGUGAGUUCUGGGGUUUAUGCGCAGCCUUCUCAGGCGUGGCAGUCGGUGUGGCAGACGGAGGAUGGAUCGUAUGGGAGCGGUGGUCAGCAGGAUAAUCUUGAUGGCUAAAGGUCACUGGACGUUCUGGUAUCGAAUGCUAACGAUAUGAUAUGAUGGCCAAAGAGCUGCUCUAGAAGCCUGGUGUAGUGCUAUGCUUGUUCAGCUUGGAGAUUAGAAACUGUAUCUACUUCUAUGUUUAUAUCUCAGCAAUGAAUGUUUAACUUGAACAAAUAUGGAUUACUCUAAUGAUGUGAAUUAUAUAAGACUUGUAACAAUUUGUUAUCA